GCUUCUCUCGCAAGACAUCCUCCCUUCUCCUCGUGUGGACCGGACCGCUAUGCUCACGCCCUCUCCCGCCGCACAAAUUCCGUGCCAAGAAACCAGAGAUUUCGCCACUAGGUAGGGGCGAAGAGCGGUUUCCGAGGGCUCCGCUGGUCUCGAGAUCAGUACAGAGAGGGGCGCGGGCGAUGCAGCGUCAAAGGGCGAUGUCGUGGAGGAGGGUGGGGAAGGCGGCGCAGGGUCUGGCCGCGCACGCCCUCCUCUUCUGCUUCACCCUCUUCGUCGCCCUCAAGAUAGACGGCCGCAUGUCCUACUCUUGGUGGAUAAUAUUUGUCCCUCUUUGGCUAUUUCAUGCUGUUGUAGCACGAGGGAGGUUUUCCUUACCUGCUCCAUCGUUGCCUCACGAUCGCCAUUGGGCACCUUGUCAUGCUGUUGUUGCAACACCACUGCUAAUUGCAUUUGAACUUCUUCUUUGUAUAUAUCUUUAUAGCAUAAAUGUAAGUGCCGAACGUGCUAUUAACUUAAAGGUCGUUUUUCUUCCGCUUCUGAUCUUGGAGAUAAUCAUCCUUGUCGACAAUUUCAGAAUGUGUAGAGCUUUAAUGCCAGGAGAUGAAGAAAGCAUUAGUGACGAUGCUAUAUGGGAAAUGCUUCCACACUUCUGGGUUGCAAUCUCGAUGGUGUUUCUCAUAGCUGCUACAGUAUUCACCCUUCUUAAGCUAUGCGGUGAUGUUGAUGCUUUUGGAUGGUGGGAGCUGUUUAUCAAUUUUGGAAUUGCAGAAUUUUUUGCUUUUCUUAUUUGCACAAAGUGGUCUAAUCAGAUGAUCCAUAGACAUCCUUAUCAUGGAGAAGCGUGUUCAUCUUCUACCACAAUUAGGUACCGUGACUGGAAUAGUGGCCUUUUGCUCUCUUCUAUGGAGGAACAUGAUCAGGACAGGUUAUGCAGUCUGCAAGAUGUAGGGGGCCAUAUAAUGAAGGUUCCUCUUGUAGUUUUCCAGGUUUUGCUAUGUAUGCGCUUGGAGGGAACACCACCUGGUGCUCGGCAUAUUCCAAGUUUUGCUCUUUUCUUGCCAUUAUUUCUUUUGCAAGGUGCUGGUGUCUUAUAUGCUGUUUCAAGAUUAGUGGAGAAGCUUGUUCUUUUACUACAUAGUGGAACAAUUGAUAGUAGAUAUCUCCGGAUUUCAUCAAGAGUUCAUGAUUUCUUUGCUUUCCUACAUCAUGGUUCAAGACUGCUGGGUUGGUGGCCAAUCGAUGAGGGAAACAAAGAAGACCAAGCUCGCUUGUUUCAUGCUGAAACCACUGGGUACGACACUUUCUGUGGGUAUCCACCUGAGGUUGUCAAGAAAAUGGCAAAGAAGGAUCUUGCAGAGGAGGUUUGGAGACUGCAAGCAGCUUUGGGAGAACAAGCUGAAAUAACAAAGUAUAGCCAGCAAGAAUACGAAAGGCUUCAAAAUGAGAAAGUGCUCUGUAGGAUUUGCUUCGAAGCAGAAAUAUGCAUGGUCCUCCUUCCAUGUCGGCACCGAAUUCUUUGCAAGCGCUGCUCGGAGAAGUGCAAGAAGUGCCCGAUAUGCCGUAUUCCCAUCGUGGAGCUGAUGCCUGUAUAUGACGUUUGAGCUCCCACAGGUCACAAGUAUAUGAAAUUGCGUGUUCAUAGAUGUACAUAAUUGGAAUGUUUUUAAUUCCAUGGGGGGGCUGAAUUCAAGUCUAAUUAGGUUUG